UCCCUUCCCCACCACCGGAAAAGCUUUCCAGAACAGAAAGUUUUUUUUAUAACUAACUUUUUCAUAUAUUUUGUACUUCUCUCAACCUACGUCCUUCAAUCUUUUCUUUCAAUUCAACAUUCCAUGGCUAUCAUGCGCAGCGAUAGUCAUUUAAACAUCUUGGCGCCACCUCCCUCUCCGCGUGGGGUGGAGCCUCCGUCUCCUAUUCCGACUGCCGCAGGAUCACGUUCAGCAGCCAAUCCGGUUCUAUCGCAAUUUCUAGAUAAGUCGCUACACGUGCCUAACCUCGCCUUGCCACUGCCGCAUUUCCUGGUGACGACACGGCACCAUCAAAUUCCCGAUGAAAUCAAUCUGCGAUCGCUCGUAGCGGGAGACGCCGAUUCCGUGGAUCGGCUCUUGAAAUCGGCUCAUGAAUUUGGCGCGUUUAGGAUCAAUUUUCACGGGAUUUCGGUUGAGGAGUUACGGUCAUUGGUGAGACAAGCGGAGCGAGUUUUUGGCAUUUUGGAGGGAAGAGAUACGGGAAGUCGGCGAGGUAGUCGAGGGCGAAAUGGUAAUAAAGAGGAGAUUGUUUGGGUCCGUUCGGGAAAGGAAAGAAUGGACUGGGCACGGGAAUAUAUUGGCGCUGAAUUAUUUCAGAGUUUUAGUGAGAAGAUGGAGAAUGUUUCCAGUAGACUUGAUGCCAUUGCGGAACAAUUGGGUCAAGUUUUUGCAGAAUACUUGGGUAAGCAAUCUGCGCGAAGAACCCAGGAGAGACAAUCUACUCUUAGCAUGUACAAGUACAACCAAGAUAUUAUCGAUGAACAAAGUUCACCAUCAUCAAAUGUGAUGAACAAGUUGUGUGAUCAUGUUUUAAGCCUCCACCUGCCCACUAAAAAAUGUAAAUACUGGAUGCAAUCAGGGCCAACUCCUUUUUCUUUCAAUGCAGGCCCAGAUAUAAUUGUUGUCUCUGUGGGAAAACAGCUUGAGGAAUGGAGCAUAGGGGAAUUCAAAUGUGUUGUUGGGGAAUAUAUCUUUCAGCCUACAGAUCCUCAAACUUGUUUCUCCAUAGAGCUCAAAUGUUCAUCUCUAAAUAUAAAACAACAUUUUAGCAGAACUCUCAGGACAAUCUCAAUAGCUGAUCAGAUCCUGAUUGCUCUCAUCCUUGCUUUACUAUACAGCAUUUUCAAGUUUCUAUGGUCAUAAUUUAUCGGUACACAAUUACAUGCAUUCAGAAUUUCAUAUCAGUAACACAUAAUAAUCCAUGGUUUGAAGAGAAUUGAAAUUUGAAAAGAGUUGGUUGUACAUAGAGAUUUGUAUGUAAAUAUAGGUAGAAAAAACAUACAAUGCUCUU